AUGUAUUCUAACAGUGAUCUUGUCAGGAAGAUUCUUCGUUCACUACCACGCACUUGGGAGGCCAAAGUGACAGCAAUACAAGAAGCCAAGGACCUCAGCAUCCUUCCUCUAGAGGAGCUUCUCGGAUCCUUGAUGACUCAUGAACUCACCAUGAACCAACAUCUUGAGGAUGAGAGUCAGAAGAGAAAAGGAAUAGCAUUUAAGGCUUCUACCCAAAAGGAAUGUAAUGAGAGUAGUGAUGAAGGAGAAGAUGAGAGUGAGAAUGAUGACAUUGCCCUUUUCGCAAAAAAAUUCAGUAAGUUUAUGAGGAGAAGGAAGAUGAACUUCAAAAGGAAUCCCAUAACAAGAAGUGAGGCAGAAAAGGAUAAGGAGAAAGGAAAAGAUUCCUUAGUGUGCUAUGAGUGUAAGAGACCCGGACAUUUUAGACUAGAUUGUCCGCUCUUGAAGAAAUCGCAAAAGAAAACGAAGAAGGCAUUUGUUGCUAUGUGGGGAGAUAGCGAUGAAUCCUCAUCUGAAGAAGAACCCCAAGAAGUAGCCAACAUUUGCCUUGUGCCUCAAGACAAUGAGAUAAGUCCUAAUGCAUCACCAAGUUUUACUUUUGAUGAAUUAUAUGAAGCUUUCAAUGAGCUAGUCAGAGAUUAUAAGAAGCUUGGCAUGAAAAAUAAGGACUUAAGAACUGAAAACAAAAUUCUAAAUGAAUUAUCUGAAAAAUACAAUGAAGAAAAACAGUCCUUAACCAAUGAGAUGCAAAUGUUGAAUUCUGAAAAUCAGAAGAAAGUCAAACAAAAUGAAGAGCUGCUAAAUGAGAACCAAAACCUUAAAAAAGAAGUUGAUAAGUAUAAGUUAAUUGUAAAUAAGUUCACUGGCAGUUCUGAAAGAUUAGAUAUGAUUUUAAAUAGUCAAAGAGCUGUUUUCAAUAAAGCCGGACUUGGAUUUAGGCCUAAAAAGGAACAAAAACUUCUAAAGAAUUUUUUUGUCAAAGCCACAAAAACUGAAGCUAUUCAAUCUACAUAUUUUUGUUGCGGUAAACCCAGGCAUAAAUCUUAUAUGUGCAACUAUAGACAAACAUUAAAAAAGGGUAACUUAAAGAAAAUUUGGAUUCCAAAAGAAACUGCUCACACUAACUAUGAAGGACCCAAGAAGACUUGGGUACCUAAAGCCCUUUGA